AUGAAUAAUAUAUCUGUGCUUUCAUAAACAAUACACAAUUAUUGUUUACAAUCAUAUACUGCUGGAGAUUUUGCGGUAUUAAUUCAAUUUGACUCUUUUAGAAGAAUCAAUAAGUUUUAGAACACUUAAGAAAAUUCAUAUUGGAUUGGAAUAAUUUACAAAUAUUGAAAAACAUAAUAGAAGUUGAUUGUAAAUAGGAGACUACUUUUGUGAUUUACUAAUUACUCCAAAAAGCUAUUGCUUCAGGUUGUAAAUUUAUUAAUGUGCUUCCAACUCCAUAAAGAAAAUCUUAAAGUUAUGAAGAAUAUGAAAGGUGUAUAAAUGUUCAAUAUUUUAGUAAUGAAAGAUAGCAUUUUACUACAAUUGUGACAACUCAUUUGGAAAUUGUGAUUAAUUAUUUUUCAAAAGGUGUGUAGCAUCAAACUUAUGUUUAAAACACAGUUUUGUUUGCCUUAGCCUAUAUGAUGAGAAAAUAUUGGUCUGAAAUUAUUGCUCCUGAAUAAUUGGUCGAGAAACUAAUUAACACAUUUUUUUAUAAUUAAAAUCUCUAAAUUUUAACUUUAGGAUGCAAAUUAUUUGAAAAUCUAUUAAGUUGUAUUCGAUAAUAUUAUUAUGCAACUGGUUAUCUUGAAUUUAGAAAAGUCAUGAUGGGAUUUCAAAGGUUAUUAUUUAUAUAAAUAAUAUUUAUAGAUAAUCUUUAUCUACUUUAUUAGAAUAGACUCAUUAACUAGUCUAAAAUUAGUUAAAAAUUGGGACCUUUUUAUAAAUUUAUUAAUUAGAUAAAUCUUAUACUGAUUAAUUAAUAUAAUUACUUAAUUCAUUCUUUACAUUUAAUUUCAAUUUAAGUUUUUAUGAAAUUGAUGUUGAUUAUGAUUCAAAAGAAAACUUUAUAGUUAAUGUAUAAAAAUAAUAUAGUGAUUUAGUUUCCUGAUUGUUAUUUUAAAAUAAUAAAUGACGAAAAAUUGAAUCAAGAAUAUUUUAGAGCAAUUAUUGACUUUUAUACUGUAGAUUAAUCCAUUUCAUUAAGAAUACUUAAUAUAAUCUAAAGAAUUUCAUCUGCAAGAUUAUCUUUAUUUUUUGCAAAACAUAAUUUUAAGAAAAUUGUUAGACGAACUCUAUGGGAUGGUUUAUUAUACCUCUUAAGUAAUUAUGAACUUUACUUAAAUAACAGUGAUUUUUCUAAUGAAGUUUGUUCUUUUGCUAUUAGAUUAGUUGUAUGUUUAUAAAAGUUAUUUAUUAGUCUAAUUUUACUUUCAAAAAACUACGAAAAUUUUAGGAUUUGUUUGAUUAAUGUGUAAACUAAUUAAAUAAAAUAAAUCAUAUAAUUCUCAAUAAUUAAGGAAUAAAGCUAUCCUCUAAUAGUACUUUCAUUAAACUAUAGGAAGUUUGGCAUUAGUUUUUAUUCUAAAUUAAUAUAUACAGUUCUCUUUAUUAGCAAUAAUUUUAACUUUUGUAAAAUUCUGUUAAUAUGAGUUUUAAAUUAUUAAUUCAUGCAUUUUAUAAUGGAAAUCCAUUUUCUGAAAUACCAUCCAAUUAUCCUAUUAAAAAAAUUAAAAAAUUCUUGGAAAAAAGUUUUCAUUUAUGUGUUUAAGUUUAUUAAUAAAAUACAAUUGAAUGCAUAAAUUUGAUUUCUGAAUUAUUAAAAAAUUUACCCAUAUAUGUAUUAAAUAUUAAAUAUUUUAGCAAGUUUAAACAUUGUAACCAUAAGAAUAAAUAAUUACAUUAAGUAUAUAAUUAAUAAAAUUAUAGAAAAAUUUAGUGCUUUAUUAUGUCUAAUUUCAGCACUUGUGUUAAGUCCAGCCUAAUUAGAAUUAUUAAAUGGAGAAUCUCAAUUUCAAUAAAGUAAAUAAGAGGGUCAACCAUAAGCACGUAUAUUAUUAUAAGGAAUCCUUGAUUUGAUUGCAUUUACAAAUAAAAUUAAUAUUCCAGCAGAUGUAAAAUUUAAAAUAAAAAUAGAAUUAUAUUUGUAAAUUGUACCAUACUAGUAUACUAAUAUUUAUUCAAACAUAUAUUUCUUAAACAAUAGAAAAUCUAUAUUAUGAAGAAACUUAAAAUAUAGUCAUAUCUUAAUCGUAUUUGUAAUAAAUAAAAUUUAUAAUAGAUCAAUGAGUCUGGGGAAAGACAAUAUAUAAUCAAAUUAUUUAAUUAUCAUAGAAAGUUGUUUAGAGAAAUGGUAAUUUAUAAUUAAAUUUAAGCUUUUAAAUAUUUACUUUUCAUGAUCCAGACCUAGUAGAAUAUAGUUUUAUAAUUUUGUAAUAUACAUAUGAAAAGUACUUUAGAUAAUAAAUAGUUUAGACUGAAGAGAUAAUUAGAUCGAAGAUUUUUUAGACAGUGUUCUAUUAGUAGUAUGUUGAAACAAUUCUUCUUAUAAAUGGAUUUGACAUGUUUUAAUGAAGUUUAGUAUAUAAAAAAAAGAAAACAAGUUUACAAAUUAGUUUCUUUAGUUUGGGUUGAUGAUUAAUUAGAUGAUUAUGUACCUGCACUAGUUGAAAUAUAUAAAUAAAUAAAAAAAUCCCUUACAAAUGAAACAAAUAAAAUAAAUAUGUUGAAAUAUUUAUGGGAUAUGAUUGGAGUAGUAGAUGAAUUAGAAGUAGAUAAUAUAUACAGAGUAUUCUUAAGAAUUGUGUAAUACAAAUAAUUAAAAUAGUUUUUCUGAUUUAUCUUCUUUAUUAUCUUCUGACAAUACUUAGAUUUUUGUGACAGAUUAUGAUUCCUCAUUAGGAUUAACAGCAUUAUUAUGUUCAAUAUUUAAAAAUAAGUAAUAUAUUGUAUUUAUAAUUUAGAAAUACAAGAUUAUCAAAUGAAAAUAUUUAAAUUUUACUUUAUUAAAUUUAUGGUAAAGCAGCAACCUUCUUUAUUACUUCUAUUGAUUAUUUAUUAUAAUAAGUCUAAACUAGUUUAUAGCAAGGUGAAUAAGUAAAGGAAGGUAUUUUAAAGAGAGCUGCUAAAUUAUUAAAAGUUAUGGGAUAGAUUUCAAAUUCUAAAUAAAUUAAUUAAGGGUUUUUUGUAAUAUACUAAGAUUCUUCAUAUUUAAGUUUAUUUAAGAAAUAAUUAUAACUUAUAACUGUUUUUAAACCUUUAUUUCUUAAUUUAAUAAACUAUAAAAAGUAUUUGUUUGAAUGUUUGGAAGGAGUUUGUUCAGAACAUAGUGAAACAUUAGCAUAUAGAUGUGGUUCAGAUGUUUAUUUAGAAUUAUUGAUUAUAGCAGAAAGUACUUUAUAAGAAAUACUAAACUUCAAAUAACUUAAAGGCGAUGAAUAAAUUAAUGAAGAAGCACUUUAAUUAUCAUAAAUUGCUAGCAUAUUAUGCAAUGUGAUGCAAUUUUUAAUUUAAGAAGGAGUAAUUGGUGAAUAAGUUGAUACAGAAAUGAUUAAGAAAAAAACAUUAGAAGUUUAUACUAUUGGUAAAAAAGUGUUAAAUUCCAUUUUUUCAUUAUCUUUUACAAUCAUUGUUGCAUUUCCUAAAAUCUUAAAAUUUUCAACUCCUAAUAGUGAGAUUUUAUUUGCCAUUUCAUUAUUUAAUCCAACUGAGGUAUGUAUUUGAUUUAAUUUAGUAUUAAUAAUUGUUGGUUCAAUUGGUUUUAGAAUAUAAAAAUACUCUUGUAUUGCCAUCAUAAACUUUGGAAACUAUUUCAUUAGGAUAUCAAGGUAUAAUAAAUAAUUUUAAUUAGUUUUGAACAAUUAUUUGAAUAGUACUACAAAAGAAUUAUUUACUAAAUAAAUUAAAUAAGCAUUAGAAUAAGUUUGUUCAUAAGAAGAAUUCUGA